AUGUCUCAACUCCCUGGCCGCAUGGGAGAUUACCAAGUCUCGGCCCCUGGGGCCCUUGCCGCUGCCGCCGCCCGGAAGAAGGGCAAGAAAUAUGCCGCGAAGCGGCAGCAGCAGAGGUCUACAUGCCACAAUUGUGGCCAAUUGGGGCAUUAUGCCCGAGACUGCCGGCUCCCCCGCCGCCCCGCCGCCGCCGCCGCGCCACUGUACGCCGGCGUGGUUAAUAAUUUUUUUUUCAGUGGCUCGGCUGUUGUUCACGGGCCUUCGGGCACCAUGUCUCCUGGUGGCCCCCCAGCCAAUUCAAAUGGGGGGGUGAAGAAGAAUAAGAAGAAGAAGAAGGCCAAGGCCAAGAAGGCCGAAUUGGCCAAGAAGGCCGAAUUGGCCAAGAAGGCCGAGGAGGAGGAGGAGGAGGAGGAGGACAAGAAGAAGGUCAAGGAGGAGGUGGACGACGAAUUUUUUUAG